AUGGAGACUGAGGUCUCCCCGAGAUCACUGAACCCCUUGAGGAACAAGAUCCUCCACGCGGAUAUUCGAUUCGGGUCUAUUGAGGAUGGUGGAAGAUACGAAGGAGAGGCUUCUCAGAACUCAUGCUUGUCGCAAGACAGCACUCCCCCUGAAGAUGCCGCCGCCCAGGAACGCGCAGCUGAGAUGCAGAUGUGGUGGGAUGAGGCGAUUGCAAAAAAUAUGAACCUGCCUGACGGAUAUCAGAAGGUUGCGGUCUUACUCAUAAAGUGGGCAGAUCAAUUGGACGAACUAAAGACAAGAGACGAGGCGCUCGAACUUGAUGCAGUUUUCCGCAAAGAAUUCCACUUCCAUACCGAAAUUGUCGAGUUAAAUGUGUCCAGCAAGCCUCAGCACCAAAUGAACCGCCAUCUUAGCGCCUUCGUCGAGAAGCACGAUGGACCGAACAAUUUGUUGAUCGUAUAUUAUACUGGACAUGGUGUAUAUCGAGAAGACGGAAAGUUCCUGGAGCUUACUGGUAGUAUUAAUCCAACUGUGAAGAAAGGUUUCAAUAACGAUGCUCGCGCAAACUGGGACAAAGCUGAGGAGGCCCUUCGCUCCGAGUAUGUCGAGGGCGAUGUUUUGACAAUUCUGGACACUUGCUACUCAAGCAAUCUGCAGAAGUCAGGAAAGGAAGACACCAGGACCUUUGAGCUAUUGAGCGCAUGUGCUUUCGACAGCACAACAGCAUCGCCAGGCGAGAAUUCUUUCACGAGAGCACUGAUUGAUGCGUUGAAGGAACUUCUGCAAGAGUUUGAAGACCGGUCCUUCACCACCUUCCACCUCAACCAGCGGAUUCUCCUGAACCCAAAUCGACGUGACACACCAUCUCAGCUUUGGUUCCGGCUCAAACACCACGAGCGCCACAUUCGUCUGGCACCACUGAAGCCGGAGAAGGAGCGCGCACGCAAACCUUCACUUCGUCACCCACCCAAAGGCUAUCUGACACUUCGCUUUGCCCUCCGUGAUGAGUCUCUCAACCGCGAGCAGAUAGAGUACUUGACAAGAAACUUGUCCAAAGCAUUUAACAACAAGGCCCUUGUUGGACUCCGUCGUAUCGAUUGGUUGGGUCUGAAGCCUGCGCGGACAACACAUUUCGGACGUGCCGCGCUAGCCAUGUUUGCUAUCGCGCAGUGGAAGAAGUUCGUGAAGAAGCGGCGAGAAGAAAUGAGGCAGAACAGAAGGGUUGACGAAAUCAACAUACCAGUUGAAGAUGUCUCUAUGGAAGAGACCCUUCAUCGGACGGAAAGCACGACAUCAUCGCCAACUCGGAAACGCUCACGGGAAGAUGUCGAUGAAAUGCCGGGCGCGAAACGAGAGUUGCUCGUUACUCCGCAGUUUCAAGGGAGUCCGCCGUCUCCCCCCGUCUCGGAUUCAUCAUGA